AUGAUGGAGGAAGGGCCCCCCAACUCCAGCGGGAGCCAGCACGGCCAGCUGACCCCCGGGAACGGCAGCGGCACCUCCCCGGACCCGGAAUCUGCGGUGCAGCCCGCCUUGAACCCGUGGGACGUCGUCCUCUGCGUCUCGGGGACCAUCAUCUCCUGCGAGAACGCCGUCGUGGUGGUGGUCAUCUUCUACGCCCCGGCGUUCCGCUUCGCCUUUGUCUACUUCCUCCCGUCGGAGUCGGUCAGCCUGCUGACGGUCGGGCUUUUGGUCACCUCCUUCACGGCCAGCGUCAGCAGCUUGCUGACCAUCACCAUCGACCGCUACCUGUCCCUCUACAACGCCCUGACCUACUACUCGGAGCGGACGGUCACCAGGACUUACGUCAUGUUGAUCCUGACCUGGGGCGCCUCCGUCUGCUCCGGGCUCCUGCCCGUCCUGGGCUGGAACUGCCUGAGGGAUCCCUCUGCCUGCAGCGUCGUCAAACCGCUGACCAAAAACCACCUCGUCCUCCUCUCCCUCUCCUUCUUCCUGGUCUUGGCGGCGAUGCUCCAGCUCUACAUCCAGAUCUGCAGGAUCGUCUGCCGGCACGCUCACCAGAUCGCCGUCCAGAGGCACUUCCCGGCCGCUUCCCACGACGUCACCAGGCGGAAAGGCAUCGCCACCUUGGCCGUCAUCCUGGGCACCUUCGCCUCGUGCUGGCUGCCCUUCGCCGUUUACUGCUUGCUGGGGGACGACAGCUACCCGGCGCUCUACACCUACGCCACCCUCCUCCCCGCCACCUACAACUCCGUGCUCAACCCCGUCAUCUACGCCUUCCGGAACCAGGAGAUCCAGAAGGUGCUGUGGGCCGUGUGCUGCGGGUGCUUCUCCGACGCCGUGCCCUUCCGCUCCCGCUCCCCCAGCGACGUCUGA